AUGUUCAAGUUUGAUUCAUUUAAUGAUACCCUGCGACCCAAGCUCCCAGAGCUGAUAAAAAUAGACGACAUCACCUCAGGAAGGAUUGACCCGCAACUUAUAUAUGAUGAAAUAGAAAGGUUGAAAGCAGAGAUAAAUAUAUUGAGAAAUGACAUGUCGUCGUUCCUACAAGCGUUGGCCACCGUACCUGCCAACAAUUCAUCACAAGAGUACUUUCGAACCACAAUGUCAAGAUUGGAGACAAUACAAAAAAGUAUUCUGGAAUACUGUGAGCGAUAUAAUAAGCUAUUGCCGAUUAUAAACUUGGCCCAAAUUAAGCUUGGCCACGAGGUCGAGGCGCCCCCAGUGAACAAGACCAAAACAAGCCAGCCACAACCAAAUAACAAAGUCAAAGCUGGAGCUAAAGUACCGCCCUCGACGGGGCAAAACUCCCUGGGUCAGUCUUCCAGUUUCAAUCAACCAACGUCGAAUAAUGGACCUACAAAUGGAUCAAAAAGUGCCAAAAAGCCGGUCAAAAAGGGGACUCAGACAAAUAAAACCAUAGAAGGAUCAUCGACGCAACCGAUAGUUAUAUAG